AUGUCGAAGAGAAAGAGAGCUUUGGCUAAACUUGUUCUUCGCCGUUCAACCACCAGCACCAAAUCCAAGUCGAGUGCUCGAAGUGAAACUACAACGAUCGAAUCAAUUGCUGGUUUGCACAUCAAUCAAACCGAUGCCAAUUCUGCUGCCUCGCUGAAUGGUCAUUUUUCUUUUGAUUUACCGAUGACACCGAUGGAAGGUUCGUCUAUGAUUGCUUCCAAAUGUGAAGAGAUUAUCAAGGAGAAGAGUCAAGAAGAAGCGACAAAAUGGAGGAUUAUUUACAGUCGUAUGACUCUAGAAGAGAUCGAUGAGUUUCUACAAUUGAAUCACGAAAGUGAAAUGGCUGAAGCGAAGGUGAACUCUCAAAAAACGCUUCACACAAACGCUCGAAAUUCUCAAGAGAUGAAAAAAGAAAAAGUGAAGAAAUGGGCGGAGAAAACGCGAUUUUUCUUGCAACGAUUGAGUGUGGAGCCGGUGAUCGUUUUAGUGUAUUUUGGAUACGUUUUUGGGAAUACCGUGCAAUCACCCGAGAUUUAUCGAAGGAUAUGUCAAAUUUAUUAUGGAAACGAUCCAAUGGUUGAUUGCUAUGAUAUCAACAACAACACCAUCGAAGACAGUGUUCAACAGCGAUCAGCCGAAUGGACACUCUACAAUUCUUUAUCAUAUUUAAUACCGGCCAUUUUUGCGGAUACUCUGUUAGGUGCUUAUGGGGAUCGAAAUGGUCGAAAGAUCAACAUUUUGCUAGGAAUCACCGGCUUGCUCGUUUCCGAGUACGGCUAUUUGUUGACGCUGUCCAACUCGGCUGCAACUCCAUAUUGGACGACGACGGUGAUCGGCGUUUUCACCGGUUUCACUGGAUAUGUGGCAAUGAUCCCCGUUUCUUGUUAUGCUUAUCUGGCCGAUAUUUCUAAUGGCCCCACUGAGCUGACGUUGCGAUCGGGGAUCUUCUCAGUGCUGCAAACAACAGCUUCAGUUCUUGGUGGACUCCUCGCCGGUCUCAUUCAUGAUCAUAUUGGUAUCUCGACAGCUAUCGAUAUCGAGUUGGCGUUUAUUGCUUUAGGAUUCAUCUACACGCUUGUUCGAAUACCGCAAAUUCCCGGGCUUCAAGAAAUCGAGCGGAGAAUUAGAGUGACGACGAUCACCUCGUUGUCGAGUGUGCGAAAGUUGCGUGGGUUUCUCGGUGACGUCGUCGCGCUUUAUAAGGAAUGUAUCUACACAUAUCGACGACCAAGAGUCGGACAUCGUCGCGCAUUCAUGUUCAUCACAGUGAUCGUCCUCAUGUUGACCUAUACGACACAAGUAGAAACAAGAACAACUGGAAUUGGCUCUGUGAUCAACAAUUUUGUCUUUCGUCGCACUGAAAAUGGAGCACUCGGCUGGGAUUCGGAGGAUCUCGGCUAUUGGAAUGGAAUGGGAUAUAUGAUGUUGAUUGUUGGAACGAUUUUUGGCCUUGUCGUCUUCAAGAAAGCACUCGAUUUCCGAGAAACGACUCUCAUUCUGAUUGGGAUCGUUUCGUCAACUCUUCGAACAAUUAUUAUAGGAGUAGCCGUUUCGGAUUGGAUGAUGUACGUGGCAAAUGUGGUGGGAAUGUUCGCGGGACUCGUUCAGCCAGCUGUCGUCUCUUUUAUGACCCAGGUUGUUGCCUCCUCAGAAAUCGGUCGAACCUUGGCUCUUUUUGGAAUUGGCGCCGAUGCGGCUUUCAUUCUCACAGCCGCUCUUUACACGAAUGUUUACCGAUGGACGGUGACAUGGAUGCCUGGGUUUACUUUUUUGCUGAUUGCCGCCCUUCAAACAAUGGCUUUUUUGGCGAUGUUGUGGGUUCACUUUCAAGCAAAAAAGGAAGGAGUCGGGAAAGAGGAACGUUCGACUCCGAAUAUUAGACAGGCAAUUUCGAAAAUCGGUGAAGCGUCGUCAACGAUUUAUCCAGAAAAUUCACAUCCAAAAGUGUCGAAAACAAGCUCGAGAGGAUUGGCGUUACCAUUCGGAAAUAGCAAGAAACAAGUAGCAAUAGCGGAAAGUCGAGAGGAUUUCGCCUCGCCGAUGGCUGGUCGUCGAGAUCGACCAUUGUGGAGUAGUCAUGAUGAUGUUUCUGCGUUAAGGAGAGAGUCUAAAACGUACUAC